AUGGGGGUCAUAUUAUCUGGAGAAGAGCAGACAGGUGGAACAAGUAAAAGUCCACCGGAACGGCAAAUGUGUUUGAUUGAGAGGCGCGAGGCAAAAAUUCCUCCAUUGAACAUGACGAUAGCGAGAUUACCUACUCAAAAUGCGUGUGUCGAAGUCGGGGUGCCCCUCAACAACUGGUCAAAUGGCGUAGCCUGUUGUCCAAACUGCCGACACGAGCUUCGUGUCUCCCUUUCGUGUUCAAAACCCACGACGCCGUUAACACCGCCCUUCACAAUCCAGCCAUACUUGCCACAUUCACUAUAUACAGUACCAUCCCCUCUACCAGCUCCUUAUAAUGAGGAGUUGAGACGGCUGGCGGAUACUCUCAAGGCGUUGAGAUUAUCCGGAUGGUACUAUGGCAAUUUGGAUUGGCAGGGUGCGAGAAACCUCCUCAAGGACGCCAGCGUCGGUGCCUUCGUCAUCCGGGAUUCGAGAGAUAGAAACUUCAUAUUCUCACUCUCAGUGCAGACGGAGCGAGGACCUACCUCCGUGCGCAUGCACUACGAGCAAGGCUUCUUCAGGUUUGACUGUGACAGACCUUUAGCGAGGUUCAUGCCGAGAUUCCGCUGUGUUGUCGAACUUAUUCAGCACUACACACGCCUAGGGGAGCGAGGGGCGGCUGGCACAGUCUGGGUCGACCGCGAGGGAUGUGCACACUCCCCCGUCCUCCUCAGAACGGCCCUAAGAAAAUCCCCCCCUACCCUACUCCACUCAGCUCGUCUAGCUAUCCACAAAACUUUAGACUCCAACCCUUUAACCCCCAAGCUCUGGACGGCACCCAAACAUAGGCUCCUCCCCCUCCCUUCCACCCUUAUAGAGUACCUCGGCGAAUACCCCUACUCAAUCUAA